UCACUGUGUGUGACUUUUCCUGAGCUCUGUGAAGUUUUGUUUUGGUCUCUCCGGGAGGAUGAAGAUGACGCCCCUCAUCCUGAUGAUUCUGGGGGUGUACGGUGACACUCACACUCUGCGGUACUAUUACACUGGAGUCUCCUCUCUGGGAUCCGGACUUCCUGUCUUCUCUUCAGUCGGAUAUUUGGAUGAUCGGGAGAUAACAAAUUAUAAUAGUGACACUCAUCAUUGUCUUCCCAAGACUGAGUGGAUGAAGAAACUGGGAUCUGAAUACUGGGAGAGAGAGACACAGACAGGUCAGAACAAUGAGGCCGUGUCCAAACAUGGUGUGCUGACAGCGAUGAGCCUAUACAACCAGACUGGAGGGAUCCAUAUUGUCCAGAACAUGUACGGCUGUGAGCUGAAAGAUGACGGCACCACUGACGGGUAUGAUCAGUACGGAUAUGAUGGGAGAGAUUUAAUGUAUCUGGACACAAAGAAUGGGAUCUAUAUCCCGACCAUGAAGGAGGUUCAGAUCACCACACAGAGAUGGAACAGCCUGGAGGAGAAAAGGGGGGAGAGAUGGAAGAAUUAUGUGGAGAAUGUCUGUAUUCCAUGGUUGAAGAAAUACACCGAGUACGGGAGAGAAGAUCUGGAGAAGAGAGUGCGUCCAGAGGUGAAGGUGUGGGGCCGUCCUCAGUCAGACGGGUUGACAAGACUUGAGUGCCUGGUGUAUGGGUUUCACCCCCGGGCUGUGCAUGUGAAGUGGGUGAGGAAUGGGGUAGAUGAUGUUCUUUCAGAUGAAAUGAGUCCAAUUCUCCCCCAUCCUGACGGCACCUAUCAGAUCAGAGUCAGUGUGGAAGUGCCAACAAGGGAGGAAGACACUUACUCCUGUUAUGUGGACCACAGCAGUCUGGGGACUAAGACUCUCAGUGUGAAAUGGGAUCCUCUGGGCAAUGGCCUCCCAUUUGCAGUGAUUGUUGGCGUUGUCAUUGGGAUCCUUGUUGUUCUUGCUGUUAUUAUCGCAGUUAUUUUGUGGCUAAAGAAGAACAAGACUGACUAUACGAGCACCAACAUUUUCGGGGUCCCGCUCUUCCGGGGGACCCAGGACCACAGCAUGGUAGUUCAAGAUAAAGAGCGGAGAGAGCAGAGUGGAGAGCAGUGCGGAGAAUGUCUGUUCUCCGCUCUGCUCUAUGAUCAGUGA